AUGCCCCCUCAGGAUGCGCCCGCCGUCCGCUUCGCUUCUUCCGUCCAGGAGAUUACGCCUACCGUCACCACGACAUCACCAACCGACACCCAGUCGCUCAUCGAUGCCGCUCUCGGAGACGCUUCUCUCUCAGAGGUCACCCCCGAUCAGCUGAGAGCUCUUUCCAAGUCCCUCCAAGGAGCACCGUUGCAGCAGCGCCGGAUGAACGUCUUUGGCUUUGAGCCAUACUCGCUGCCCGCAUCACGCGUCUGCUCGCGCGAAGAAGAGUCCGACAACAGCAGGCUCCCGACCCCGAAUUCCAGUGGUCCAAAAUCGCCGCGUUUUGGUCCGGUGCACCCGAUGCAGUCACCUCCCCUGACCCCGGCGGGUACCGACCCUCAAGAUCCGACCAAGAAGAGCGUUAGCCAUGACGAUGCCCGGAAGACCACCUCGAGUGAGCCUCAGGUUAUUACCCCACAGGCUUCUUCUUCUCAUGACACCUCGCCCCCGUCGUCGACAAGAAAGAGCAUGCCGGUCCGCGCAAAGUCGACCGAGCAAGUUGCUCAACGAUCAGCAUCCGCAGAAGACAGAGACCACGACGCGAGAUCGCACAGGAAAGGCAUGUUCUCUAUCGGCCCCGGCGGAUCCGUGCCUGUCUCCCGAGAAUCUAGUCCAUCUCGGGCUUCAAUGUACUACUCCAAGCCGAUGACACCCGGCGGAGAUGCCAACGACCCGUAUGCCGCCCACAAGCGCCAACCCCAAGCUCCAAAUCCUCAACGUGGGGCUAUCGACUCGAGAUUCGUCUUCUCCAGGAGAAAGAACAAGCAUGGGUCCCCUUCUGGCUCAACGUCAAGCCUUGGUCGUACUACCGACAAGCGUCACUCAGGGAUAUUGGGCAAUCUGAAGGGUCACGGUGAUGAGCUGCAGGUCCCUCACGACGAUGCGGCUAGCAUCUCUAGCCGACAAGGGUCAUUUGCGGACUUGAAGAGAUUUUUCAAGGUCGGCGGUCACCACAAGAUGAAGAGGGAAGCUUCACCCUCUUCGAUUCGCUCUGGCGCCAAGACUCCACCUACAAGGUCUUCUACCCAUCAGCUGCCCUUUGGUGACGAUCAUGGAUUGACCUCGAAGUACGGCAAGCUCGGCAGGGUCCUUGGAUCUGGCGCCGGCGGAUCUGUGAGGUUGAUGAAGAGGAGCGAGGACGGCGUGGUUUUUGCGGUCAAGGAGUUCCGUCCCAGACAUUCUUACGAGACCGAGAAGGAGUAUGUGAAGAAGUUGACCGCCGAGUUCUGCGUUGGUUCCACUCUACACCACGGCAACGUCAUCGAAACCCUUGAUAUACUCCAGGAGAAGGGCAAAUGGUACGAGGUGAUGGAAUACGCACCUUACGAUCUCUUUGCCUGUGUCAUGACUGGUAGGAUGACACGUGAAGAGGUCGGCUGCUGUUUCCUGCAGAUCCUCAACGGCGUGACAUAUCUACACAGCAUGGGUCUGGCUCAUCGGGAUUUGAAGCUUGACAACGUCGUGGUUAGUGAGCACGGUAUCAUGAAGAUCAUCGACUUUGGCAGUGCCCAUGUCUUCAAGUAUCCGUUUGAGAACGAUAUUGUUCUUGCCUCAGGCAUCGUGGGUUCGGACCCGUAUUUGGCCCCUGAAGUCUACGACGAGCGAAAGUACGACCCUCAGGCCGUUGACAUCUGGUCUCUCGCAAUCAUCUACUGUUGUAUGAGUCUGCGCAGGUUUCCUUGGAAGGUUCCUCGUAUGACCGACAACUCAUUCAAGCUGUUUGCGGCUGAGCCGACUCCGGGUCACGAUCCGAAAAAGCUGAUCAUGCCGUCCAAGUCAACCAACGACCUCUCAAAUACACCGCAACGGGAUAUGUUUGAGGAUGGCAAACACGAACACAAGCACCAUCACAAGUCGGAACACAAAGAAAAGGAAAGCGAGGCCCAGCCCGCUCAGGGCACCACCACCACGACCGUUUCCUCGGGCAAAUCCGACGGGCAGCAGCCAGAGAAGAAGGAGGUCAUCAGGGGCCCAUGGAGAAUUCUGCGCCUACUUCCCCGCGAGAGCCGACACAUUAUCGGACGCAUGCUUGAGAUCAAGGUCAAGCAGCGAGCGACGAUGCAGGACAUCAUGGAGGAGCCUUGGGUUGCGAAUACGGUCAUUUGCCAACAGCCCGAGCCGGGUCGUGUCAUUCACGCUGAAGACCACGUUCACACUCUGGAGCCGCCGGCGCCCCAGAAAUAG